AUGAGCGGCGAGGACCAUAUUCCGGCAGAGGGAGCCAAGACUCCGUCGCGUAAAACUAAGACUAAAUCACACACUGGCACUCCAGUCCAGCAGCGACGUAGCGAUAGAAUUCGCACGAAGAUGGCUGCAAUUGUUAAAGAUGUGGGGGACUCAAUCACACCCCCACAUAGGUCUUAUAUUCACUCCAAGUUCCCAUCACAUAUGGGACUUCUCGGUACCUCUGCGUCUCCGAGAGGAGUCGAAUUAGACCAAUAUAAAAGAAGGCUUCAGUUUAAGAGCGGUACGCGAAGCAACCUGACGCUGACAGACGCAUAUAGGAACUUUGAAAGGGAUGUCAAAGUCCAAGAGUUCCAUGCGGAUCAGCGGGGCAAACGCAACAGUGCCCAUUUAAAAAACCGUGGUUUGGUCGUGGCUGCUGGCUCCAAAGCCCGACAAACCAGCGUAACCGCUACGCAAACUGAAGCCGGGCCAGCCAAAGUACAGGCUGCUCCACACCAUACUUUGCGACCAGGUGUGGGGCAGGGCUCUGUACUAGAGUCGAAUCCAGAGGUGGGCACCCUGGCCGAAACCACCCUGGAGAGACGCAGGAGGCAAUAUAACCAAAUCAGGUCCCGCCAUAUUGCCUCCAAUUAUACCAGUUGGGAAGAGCGGGACCAACACUGGCGAGCCAAAAGAUUAGCAAGCUACAAAGCUUUAUCUAAGGCCGCCAGAGAGACCGCAGUGUUCAAGAAGCGAAACUUGGACAUUUGCGGAUGGGGAAACUCGCGAAAAAAUCUCGGCAACUACCUCAGUAUUUGCUGGGAUUAUAAUUCAGACCUGGAUGAAGACAAAGACCAGGCUCUUCCAGAGCGUGCUCCAUCCACUCUUCAAUAUCGCAACGCUGCCGGAACAGUUGUUGAGUCCGGCGUGAUCUAUCAUCCGCAGACUAUUGUCGACGGAGAUAAUGAUCACCUGAAUGGAUACUGUUUCACAGUCCAGUCAGAGCUUGCCUUGAAGUUUGAAGCAGCACAGCGGGUCUUGUUUCAACAGGCGAGUGACCUCAUUCAGGGCUCCUUCUUCCAAUACAAUAUGGACCUGUCUUUGGAUUCCAGUCUUGAUGACGGAUUCACCAUUGAUAUUUUUGUGUCGUCGGCCCCUUCAAAGGAUUUGGCCGACAUCACAGUCCGAGGGGUGACGCAGUUCAUCUUUAUGAAGUCGUACAUUUAUGUCGACAAGAUCUGCGUCGCACAAAAAUAUCAGAAAAUGGGAAUCGGGGCUUUUUUGAUGGAUAGGAUCCUCAAAAUCGCCCAGAAGCGGAACAAAGACAUUCUCUUGUACGCACUUGGCCCUGUUAUAGGUGCGUACAAGAGAUGGGGGUUCGAAUAUUGUAAAGAGUGGCCGCCAAUCCCCAAGGACGUUGGCGCGGUCAUGCGGAAGCGUAUCCGCACAGAAGGAGUCAAAGACGAAUAUGUUGGCCUGGAGUGGGAUGGUACAGGCUUCUCUUAG